UUAUAUUUAUACGAUAAAGUAUAAUUAAACUCCCGAAUAAUUAUAUUUCUAAAAAAAAAUUUCGGAAAUUGUAUGGAAGAGUGACAACAUUGCCGACGUAUUUGCAUGCCCGUCACCUGACAUAACCGUCAUUCAUAAACAUCAAAACACAAAACAGCUGUUUAGAGAUCUGUAAUAAUAAUUUGGGGAUAUGACCUGACUGUGGUUCUAAUUUUUAAUCUGAAUUCAAAAUUAUUUAAAACAAAAUGUGACUUUCAUUAGUCCUUUUAAUAAAGUGAUGUUUUUGGAUAACUCAAUAUGAAUAACAACAAUAUUGGAAAUCCUGCAGAGACAGGGUUGUGGAAUUUAGAUACAGGUUUAGCCCACACAGGAGACAUUUCUUUAAAACCAAGACCUUAUUUUCCAGUUGCAGCCACCUGUCUCUUAAAUGAUCCUACACUAGUUAAUAACUUCACAAGUCAUCAUUGUGCUAUACAAGGUUGUGCAUGUGCUGGAAACCUUAAAACAUCAAAUGGUAUAUUGAGCCAUACUGAGGAUCAUUUUUUAAGACUUGGGUCUGCAGACUUACUAGAUACAGAUGAGAAUCAUAAAAUUCAACUACCUUCUCAGUUACUGAUAAAGGAACCUGACAAAUUUAAAGUUGAAGAAAGGCCAUAUAAGUGUGAGCAACCUAAUUGCAAUAAGACAUUUUUAUUAAAACAUCAUUUAGCAAACCAUGAAAAGAUACAUACUGGGGAGAGGCCUCAUGUUUGCAAGCAUUGUGGCAAAAGUUUUACUCAUAAAUACUGUUUGAAUACACAUUUAGUGUUGCACACCAAGGAGAGACCACAUCAGUGUUCUGAGUGCAAUAAGAGAUUCACAUUAAAGCAUCAUCUGAUAAGCCAUAUCAAUGUUCAUAAAAGGGAACGACCAUUUUUUUGUGGGGAAUGUGGGAAGAACUUCCCUUUAAAGAAGCAGUUAAUAACCCAUGAAAAAUAUCACAGAGGAGAGAGACCUUUUGUUUGUAAAGAAUGUGGGGACACCUUUGCCCAAGAAAAUCAUUUGGUUAUGCACUUAAGGUUCCAUGGCUCAACUUGUCCUUAUGUAUGUCGAGACUGUGGUGCCACAUUUACUCGCAAAUUUGAACUCGACAACCACGAGCGACUUCAUGGAAAAGAACCCUUGGUUUGUGGAACUUGCAACAAAGAGUUCUUGCAAAAGAGAACCUUAAUGCAACAUUUAAAAACUCACGAAACAAAAACCUGCCGUUACUGCGGUGAACAAUUUCCGAAACCACAAAAUUCGAACGAGAGUUUUGUCCAUUUUUGUAGCGGAGACAAAAAAUCGCAAUUAAUCAAACCAGGCGUAAAGCAGAAAACGUUGAAAGUGCCGAAGCCUAACAAAAAGUUCUUUUGUGAUAUUUGUUUUAGAAAAUUUGGCGCCAAACAUGGACUAACGCAGCAUAAAAAAAGGCAGCACAGUAUUGGCGGAAAUAUAUUUUCAUGCCAUAUAUGUAGUAAGAGUUUUCGAGAUAAGAAUGAGUUAAUUAAUCACAAACAUAAUAUAUUAUAAGAGACUGUAGGUUAAAAAUUUUACAUUUUAAAAUUCACUUUCAAUUAAUCUUAAAGUGUUGUACAAGGAAAAUUUGAAACUCGAAAUCAAUCGCACAUUAGGUGUACUCAAUUACAGGCCUGCUUUUUUUAAUGUUUUGCCCAAAAUAAUCGAUGCAUAGGGGAAUGUCGGUAAAUUGUGCGCACCUAAGAAAAAAACCUUGGUAUUUUAGUAAAUAUGUCAUAUAAAAAUUUAGAAUUUGGAUCAGAUGUUCUUCAUUUUGUGUACUAUAAGCCGAGCGAAUCAGUAUCAAAAAAUAUAUUGUAAAAUUAAGGACAAGAUUGAAUGAAAUCUUGCCGUGCGCACGAUUACCCAGUGGUUAAUUGGGCGAACCAGUCAGGGUAAGGCCGUCGUCCCACCAAAGAUACACGACAGCGACGCCACAUCUCCGCGAUGUCGCCAGCGUGUAUCUUUCGUGUCGAACCCAUGUUUUAAAAUCAUUUUGUCCCCACCGACGCUGCGCCGAAGACACAUCCAAAAGCAUGUCGCCUUCGUGUUGCCGGGAGACUGGACGUGUCAGUUGCGAAGCAACAUUCAAGCUGUGUGUGUUGGCGUUUUUUUUCAUUUAUCGAAGUUUUGUUUUUUUGUUUAUCAUGGUACAACAAAAUGCUGAACUGGAUUUUAAUGGAUGUCUGUGCAGCUCCUUAGCAACAACAAACAUUUUUUUUUUCUCAAUAAAAGGAUGCACACACCAUGUUCUUUUUUUUGCCAUUUUAUUUUUUUUUCUAUUCGCAAAUACCAAUACAUUGCAACCACAUCCUCGUCUUCACUCGAUGACAUUUUGAACUAAACUGAACAACUAAACGUAGGAAACACGAAACGCGUAUCUUUGGUGGGGCCACUGCAUGUCGUCUGAAUGUGUCCAGUCGAAAUCGUAUCGCCUUCGCGUCGCCGUCGCGUAUCUUUGGUGGGACGACGGCCUAAUUGUGCGCAAGCAGAACAUGGUAAAUUAAAAUAGUCUAAUAGGAGAAAUAAAAAACAUAUUGCGUUAUAUAUUCAUUAGGAUCCAAAAGACAUAAAAAUAAUACAAAUUAAACAUCGCAAAAAUCGCAAACCUUUCCUUCCUUUGUUGAUUCCGGGGAAUCGACACCAGUGCAAAGGCCAUGAGACAUUGAACAUUGAAUUCAAUAUUUAUCUUUUUUUGGUUGUGUCAUCAAAAAUUACGCAUCUCUUCAUCGUUUACAUUCAUGUUCAUCACAUAAUUGACUAUCGGAGAUAGACUCGCCCUCUUCAAAAACUUUUCUUUUAACCCUUUUUUUACUUUUACUAGAUGAUCUAAAUUUAGCUUGCUUAGCCUUUUUUUCUAAUGUUUAUUUUGUUUCCUUUACUUUUUUCUCCAAGGCUGUCUGUCUUUCUUUUUUCUUUAAUGUGGCGACUAACAAAAUUUCUUUACUUCGGGUUUCUGUUAAAAUGACAUUGAACUUUCCCUGUACAUCAGGUACUUUGAGGAAUUAGAUUCAAUUCCUCAAAUAACACUUUAAGCUGCGAGCGACUGGAACUGGUAUUUAGAAGGGAACUUUUUUGUGCAGAAGUUGAAGUAGUGGAGUCUAAUUCAACUUGCUGAAAAGCUGUGGAAGUGCUUGGAACAGGUGUUUCUGGUUGAAUUUGAGAGACGUUUUCCGAAUUUGGAUAGUAUAACAGGUAGUUGUCACAUUGUCGAUUAAAAGCUGCUUUAAGAGGACCAUAAAAUGUUAAUCCAAAGGCUGUAAGCGAUGCGAGGUAUGUGGUGGUAUUGUUAGCACUUCAAUCCCAUUCAGCCUACAGAAUUCUUAAAUUUGUGAAGAAAUGUGGCUUGAGUGAUUACACCAAAUAUUACCGAAACUGGUUGAUCUGUGGAAGGUUUAACAAUUUUUUUUUAAAUGCUGAAGCCACUCAUAAAAUAACUCUUCAUUGCUCCAGCCGGAUUUAGAGCAACUAUACUUUGCAUGCGGCGCGGCGGUCCGUUUUUCUCCAAAAAAAUCUUAUCAUCUUUGAAAUAAUACUUUUAAGAGUUUCUUUAGGUUAGCAAAGAAUUGGUUAAUCUGUUCCUCGUUGAACGCAGAUAUUCAGUUUAUGCUUGUUGGUUCAGGAUUUCUUAGCGAUAACUCAUUGUUCCUUUCUAAAAAUUGAUAGUACCAAUUUUUACCUGCCAUUUUCGUUGUGUCGUUAAAGUUGUUUGGGAUGUUGUUGGCUAAUGCGAAAUCAUAUGCUAGUCGACGACGUUCAGUUCUGGUGACACCAUCAAACAACUUUGCCAUUUUUAACUCAUGACUUGCUAGACUCUUUUCUUGGUCUUCUGAAAAAGUAGAAUGACGUCCCAUGUGAGGCCCACUUAUAUCACGCCCUUCAUCAUAGUCCUUCUUUCUUUUGCGAAUGAUAGAUUCGGGAAUUCCAAACCUCCUUCCGGCAUCUCUAAUUGCGCCACAAUUCUCGACAAAUUUUAAUGCUAAUUUCAUUUUUUCUGUAUCCCAGGAGCCCUUAUUUGAUUUGCGAUUAUAUUUUGGCAUCUGAAACAAUUAAAAAAAAAAAACAUUGUAUUUCAACAAAAAUAAAUUUAAAAAGUCGGGUAGUUGUGCGCACUGCAAAAUUUAUGAAGGCGAUCUCUAAAAUUGUUCAUAACAUCACGGAGGUUCUGCUGAGGGAUUCUUUUGAUUUCCUGACGGAUUCUCGCCUUCAGUUCUUCAAGAGUACGGGGCCGGGGUUCUUCGAAAACUUUGCUUUUUAGAUGGCCCCACAAGAAAAAAUCCCAAGCAGUAAGGUCAGGUGAACGGGGGGAGGGGGGGGAAGGAAUGAAUCCGUUCCGGGAUAUUACUCGGUUUGGGGAAACUUCGUUAAGGAGAUACAUACUCACAGGAGCCGCGUGGCUUGUGGCUCCAUCUUGUUGCCUCCAUCUUGUUGCCUCCAACUGUUGCCUUGGCCAAAUGGAGAGGUUUUUGAUGGAUUUCUUGAAGGUUUUCAUCGCUCCAAUACCUAAAGUUUUGCUUGUUAACGAAGCCGGAGAGAUGGAAAUGCGCCUCGGUGUGAAGUUUGUCGUUUCCUUCCAUCAUUUCUAUAAGCGUUUCACAAAAGUGCCAUCCAAGAGCGCAGGAGUUCUCAAUGAUUUCGCACUGCCACCUCUUCUGUUUCCCGUUUCACCGAUGUUUUCACAGAUUUUUACCCAUAACUUUAUUGAGUUAACAGAAGGCACGGGACGGUUACGAUUAAUUUAAAAAAUGAACACGGAAGCGGUUGAAUAAUUAUCGCUUUGAUAAAAUGCCUUUACAGCGAAGGAGCGCUCUUGCUGAGACCACUGUUCCAUGGCAACUGAAAUGCUUUUGACGGGCAAACACAACGGUAACGUUGACAACUCGCCCCACUCACUUUUAGGCUUCACGCGCUUAUUUUAAAAUUGCAGGUUUGACUGCCGCACCUUCGAGUUCUUUGCUUCAACUUCAAGCUUUUUUGCAGAAAAAAAAUGAACCUAUUCAUGUCAAUCAAUCUAAAAGUAUUUAUUUUUCUGGCUUGGCUUAUGAUGGUAUGCCAGUCUUGAGGCACAAAGAUAUGUGGUUAAUAUUUGUGAUCUAUUUCCUCCACGGUAAAAUCUGAAGAUGCGGUAAUAUAAUUACACAGCAAUGAUAGCUUAAUGUUAUGAUUCUGUACUCCGCAUUGAUCGGAAUACUUAAUAAGUCAUUUUGAUUUAACGAAAUGCUCUAUAUAAAAUAAGAUAAAAGAUCCUACCUUAGAAUUUCUCCUUGAAGUUUUUCCUAAUUUACAGUGUGUCCCACUUAAGGAUUAGCCACCCCUCUAAAAUUUUUGUUUCUUGACCAAUUUUCAAAAACUUUUUUUGUUGGAUAGAUGGUGAAAAAUGGCACUUAUGAGCCAAGUUCGACAUUAAGAGAAAGCAGGUCAUGGCCUACUGUAUUCAAGUUUGAAGUGCGAAAAAACGAGAAGUAGUAUUAGCGAUAUUUAUUUUUGAAAAAUGGUACUGGAUUAUUGUUCAGGACCACUUAAGACAUAAGUGUACCAAAUUUGGUUAUGAUAGUAUACAGGGUGUUGAAAUAAAUUGGAGUCAAAUUUUUAAAAGGCGCAAUAACAUUCUUAAUCAAAUACGAAUAUUUUUUAAAAUUUUUGGCUAAUUAGUCUUGAGAACACAAAGGUUGGAAAUAUCCUUCAAUAAACAACAAUCGACCAUAUUAUCAUACUAUUUUGGGCUCAAUUUGUUUGUUUUUUUAUGAGUUUGUUUGUUAAAUUCCAUAGAUAUGAUUGUGUCUGGUUAAAAAUUAUUUUGUGGGAAUUUUACCCAAGUAUGCUAUGAAAGAAAAUGUUCCUGACAGUUUGUCAAAGUUUUCAUGCAUUUAGUUCAUUUUGACUGCUUGUCGAACAAUUAUGGGUGAUUAUAAUUUAAACGAAAGAGUUGAAGUAGUGCGGCUAGCUGGCGAUGUUAGAACAUUUCGUGAAGCUGCAGCGAAAUUUAACAGGAAACAUCCUGGUAAAAACAUCCACCAUCCAACAAUAGCCAGAAUAAACUACGGGUUUGAUCAGUCUGGUUCAGUAGGCGGAGUACGUCCUCAUUUACAUCGUAAUCGAGCAAGUAAUAAUAACCAAAUAAUUCUUGAAUACUUUAAUGCUACUCCGCAAUCUAGCAUUAGAGUCGCUAGUGCCAACUUAAAUAUUUCCAAAAGUUGCAUUGCGAGUGUUUGGCUAACCCUACAUUUUUGAAAAAUAUUUUAUACACCAAACGCAACAAUUACUACAAACGGCAUUGUGUCAUCUCAAAAUAUUAAAAUGUGGAGUAACGUAAAUCCCCAUUGGGUGAUACAAUGUAAAAGGCAGUAUUCGCAGAAAAUUAAUGUAUGGUGCUGUAUCUUGAACGAACGUAUAAUCGGGCCGUUUUUCUUUAAUGAAAAUCUAAAUGGACUUAAUUUUCUUUGAUUCCUGGAAGGUGAUUUUAGUGACGUAAUCGAUGAUUUGCCGUUAGCCGAAACAAAAAACUUACAUAUACAAUUUGACGGUGCGCCUAUCCACAAUGCAGUGGUAGUGCGGAAUUGGCUAAAUCAGAAUUAUCCGAAUCGAUGGAUAGGACGAGACAGUCCAUUAAUUAAGUGGCCAGCACGAUCCCCCGACCUUUCUCCCUUAGAUUUUUUUCUUUGGGGAACCCUUAAAAACAAAGUGUACAAAUCAAGACCGCAAAUUCUACAUGAUUUUUGUGAGCGCAUUAGACAAGAGUUUAAUGAAAUAAGCAGGGUACAGUUAAGAAGGGUGGUAGUAAACAAUAGAAGAUGCAUAGAAAAAUGUAUAAGAAAUAAUGAAGGACGUAUUGAAGGAAUUAAUAUUUAGUUUUGUGGCAUUAAUUUUUAAAUUUGAGUGUUAGCAAAGAUAAAAUACUAGUAGUAUUAUUAUCUUUGGUGUUAGGUAAUUCCUUAAGGUAAUUAUUUUCAGUUUUUGCUGCUUAGCCUACAUUACAUUAUUAAGUAACUAGUGAAGUGUGAAUUGCAACCUAACAAUGAAAUAAAACUAAAAAACUUAUAAAUAAAGUUGUAUUAUUGUGAAGCCCAAAAUAGUAUUGUUAUGUUAUAAAUAUUAUCCCGGCAAGACUAUCCGGUUUACAGGGGCUAUUUCUAGGGAGUUGAGUUUGUUCGACAGUCUUGGUUUAAGAGUUCUAAACAACAAGAACAACUCCCUAGAUCUGAUAGGUUCCAGAAACCCUGUUAAAUUUAAAAGAUGGAACAAAAAAAAGAACCUAUCAGGCCGGCUUCGUGGGUUCUCUGUAUGGUCAGUUGCCUCAGUCACACUCACUCACUUAGUAGUAAAACACCUUAAUUUAAUUUAAAUAGGGUGUUUAUUAAAGUCUUCAUACUCAAUAGCUUAAUUUAUCAGAAACAAGGAGUUAAAUCUACAUGGUAAGUAAAUAUAAGUAAAUAUACAAGUUUAUAACCCAAAGGUAGAUACCUGAAUUCGUCAGUGAUCACUUCGGAAGCAUUACAUAAUAAGGCGUAACAUUGAAUUGUUUUAAUUUAGAUAAUUAUACCAUAAAUAUAGUUACUUAAGUUUUAAAUAUUAAAAUGAGAAAGUUAUAAUAAAUUCAUGUUAAAUCAUACAAAAAACAUCAAAAGAAGAAUAUGGUUAAGAUUAAAAGAAUGUGCUUACGGGUCAAGUUCCAUGGUGUUCUUCUUUCGGGGGCGAGAGCCCGCGAUGGGCAAUUUUUCACCACAUAGGGCUUACGGCAUGAUGUGUGUUGACGGGGCUAAGGGCGGCGAAAUUAUUUUUCAGGCCUCAGGGCGAAAUCCUCAUCACUGCUGGGUCACGGCUGGCGGUUUACACUGUCAUAUUUAAGAAGCCCUAAGAGAGAUUUCUCAAUGGAAACACGGAACACCAAAUAAAAUGUCACCAACGGUGAAAACUACUUACGAAGUUUCGAGAGGCAUCAAACUACUAAAACCCAUCCUGCUUCAAAAAUAUUUCGUUGAAACUGAAGAAACACUAAUGCAUUUUAGUUUUAGAUGUUAUUUUAACAAAAAAAGGUGCUGGCGGAGAGAGAUGAUAAUAGAUUUAUUUCAAACCUCUCUCCGUCACAGCGGGCAGCACGGUUCACUCUUGACGGACGCAGGAGCUGGAAAGACCCCCAGAUGCGUCGCGGAACUGCUUAAGUAGUAGUCCAAAAGACGUCUGGGCGCAAGACCGGAGAUUGAGGAACUUCACUCGUUACUUUAUGGGUUUAGCCGCUAUGGGCCCAACCAAAACCCAUACAUAGGUCACUAAUAAGCAAACCAUAGAGUGCCUAGUGGAAAGUACAAUUACGGGCCAAAUCGUAAUAAUUCGACACGCGGCGCCACUGGCGUCCGCUUUAGUAAACCGGUUGACCAAUUCAAUUGCCGUGAAAUCUUCUCCAUGCACAGCAUAUUGUAAACAAUAACAAAGAAUUAAAAUGGUGAUAAUAUUGAUAGUGGUUUAAUGAAAAAUAUUGGCGAAUUCAAUUAAGAGUCGAAGGCAAUUGUAAUUAUGGUGGCUGUCUCAGUUUUGAAAGAAAAAUUUAGAAUAAAGUCAUUUUUAAAUAUUUUAACCAAAUGAAUAAAAGUUAGGAUUCUCCAGAUCCCGUCUAAAGCGUAAUUAAUCCUGCAACAGUAUGAUAAUAUGAUCGAUUGUUGUUUAUUGAAGGAUAUUUCCAACCUUUGUGUUCUCAAGACGCUUGCCAAUUAGACAAAAAUUUAAAAAAUAUUCGUAUUUGAUUAAGAAUGUUAUUGCGCCUUUUAAAAAUUUGACUCGAAUUUAUUUCAACACCCUGUAUACUAUCAUAACCAAAUUUGGUACACUUAUGUUUUAAGUGGUCCUGAACAAUAAUCCGGUACCAUUUUUCAAAAAUAAAUAUCGCUAAUACUACUUCUCGAUUUUUCGCACUUCAAACUUGAAUACAGUAGGCCAUGACCUGCUUUCUUUAAAUAUCGAACUUGGCUCAUAAGUGCCAUUUUUGACCAUCUAUCCAACAAAAAAAAAGAAAAUUGGUGAAGAAACAAAAAUUUUAGAGGAGUGGUUAACCCUUAAGUGGGACACACUGUAUUAUAACAUUUUAAAAGUGAUAUUUCAAAGUUAUAUAUAUAUAGCAAAUAUAUAUAUAUAUAUAUAUAUAUAUAUAUAUAGAUUUAAAUAAUACUUCUAUUUUUCUUAUUAUCAACCCCUUAAUUUACAAGAAACAAUAAAACAUUCAAUUUUUGUUUAGUUGAUUUUAAGAAGUGAUGGCGUAAGUUGAUAUAAAAGGCAACUUGCUGUGGUUAAACAGCCUAAAAAAAAGUCAAAUCUUUCAAAAGUGGGAUUUUGAGACUCGUAAAAAGAUGUUUUACGGUGGUAGCGAUAUUUCCGUAGGUAGUCAGACCCUUCAUAAGAGGUCUGUGUCUUUCGUACUUUUCCCCAGGAUGAAAUAAUCAGUGUCCUCCAGGAAGAACCGAAGACGGAAUAACCUGGAGCUACGUUUUUGUUGACUAGCUGGAUUGUGUCUUGGAACACCUAAAAAAAGUAUAUCCAGGAACGUUGUAGUAAAUCUAUUUAAAACUUAUGUAGCCCUCGUUCGCAAUGAUUGAUGGGUUACCCAUGCCUAAUAUUUUUUGCCGAUAAGAUAUUUUAAUCUCCAAGGGUUACGUAUUGGUAUUUAGUAGAUUGUAAAAUUUUAAAAAAAGAGGACUUUUGACAUGUAAUCAAAACCUGGUCCGUAUAACUGAUACCAAUUUUAUCCCCUGAUGAUGGACACUGCUGUGUCCGAAACAUGUCGGGAAUUUAAAAAAACUGAAUCAUGUUUAAUAAAUAAGUGGAAGGAGA